UUUUAUUAUUCAAUUCCUUCUCUCAAACCAUAUCUAUACAAGUAUACAUCACUGUUUAAAUAAAAUACAAUUAUUUUCUGUAGCGAUUAUUACCAGGAAAGCACAAAAAAGGUAGCUGCACAAACUCUGUAAUAUUCUAAUAAUAUCCGCUUUUCAGUCCUACCUUUUCAUGUCUCCCUGAAACCCCACAGCGACAUGGACUCUGGUGGGGAAGGAAGGAGAGAAGACGAAGAAGAAGAAGCAGAACUCUGAGAAAGCAAAAGGAUAAAAAAGGAGAGACACUCCUCUUCUCUCUCCUCCAGCCAUUAGCCCCUUCCCUCCUCCUUCCGUCGGGAAUCACUUUUCUUUGAUUUUCAUUCUUCCUUCACUUUCACUUCACCUCCCGCCAAUCCGCCAUUUCUGCCCACCGUUUCUCCCCCACUUCCCCUUCCCUCUAAUCUCUGUAUAUUCCUUUCUAUGGCGUCUCAACUUGAAUCUACUCUAAAACCCACCUUCAAUUUUCCUUCUUCUAUUCUUCCCUAACCCCCAACUCCCCCAGUUUCUCCUCUCCGAUUCAGCUUCGCCUUUUUUUUACAGCUGAAUCCUGGAGACCUCUGCUCCGUCAAUUUCUGUUCUGGGUAUGGAGAAAAAGUCGCCCAGAAGCUUCAUCGACGGUGGAGUCGGGUUGGGAAUUGUGGCGGCGAUGACCGAUUCGAGCGGUCGUCGUUCUCGGGAUUGGACCAAAUUCUCCCACCCGGCUCCGCUGAGAUCCAGUCCCAUCCCAAUUGUGUCUCUGGCGAGGCCGGCGGCCGCCAAUUUCAAUUGGGGUGUUGGGUUGUCGCGGUAUCGGAUUGAAAAGGAGGGCAGCGAUGGCGACGGCCGCUCCUCCGCCUCUGUGGUGGAUGAGAGCGAUGAGGCCUAUACUUGUGUGGUUUCUGAUGUUGGUAAUGAGGUGAUCAAGAAGAUUGUUUACUACGGCGACAAGGUUUCUGGGCUCCGCGACGACACUGUGACAACAGUCUUCGACGUGAAUCCUGCUAAUGGUGGAAUGUUUUAUGCGUCUUCUUCCCCUCUGAUGAUGACCGCCGGUUUUGGUGGCGCUGAAGGGUGGAGGAACGGCUUCUGUAACCAAGAUUUCUUGGCUUCUUGCAACCUCUGCAACAAGCUGCUCCAGGGGCUGGACAUUUUCAUGUACAGGGGAGAGAAGGCAUUUUGCAGCCCGGAGUGCCGCGAGAAGCAUAUCAGGAACGAAGAUUACCGAGAGAAGAGUUACGGUUAUGGCGAGAUCAGAAAACGUCCACACGAAUGCUCCUUGUCUCCCUGCUCUUCACCUCAGGUCUAUCUUGCUGAGGUUGCUGCAGCAUGAAAGCACCAUUUCCUCCCCCUAUACGGUAUCUUGGUUCUGCCCAAUAUAUACCAAGUAAAUAACAGGAGGAAAGUUAAAACCGAUCCACGGCCCUGGAAAAAUAACUGUGCCAUGAGUGUGAUGUAUGGUAUAGCACUGGAUAUAGAACUUUGAGAGUGUGGGUGAAGGAAGGCAGACAGUGUUCGUCACGCCGAGAAAUUGGUUUAACUGAUUUUAACGGCAAGGAGGGAGGGAAUCGAAGUUUUGUUACUAAUAUGUGCCCAAUUUUACUGUAUGAUAUGAAUUACCAACCAACCACACAAUGGCAUAUUGGUAUAGCAAGCAGAAGUUUUUACAUGUGCAAGGAAAUGAAAACCGUGCAGCUAAACGUCGUCCUAGUUUUACUACUAUCGCCCUCAUUUAAAAUAUAAUACGACUAACUUGUCCCUCUUUAAUCAAUUCAAAUUCAACAAAACAAGAAAUCUCCUAAAAUUUCUAAUUAGCCUUUACCAUCGCCGCCGCCUCUAUCUUCUCUGUUCAUUGUCGGAUGAGGACUCAUCGUUGUUGUCCUCUCCAUGCACCGGUUCCAGCGAAGAAGAACAAAGUCUCCGACUUUGCCAGAAUCUGAAUCAGCUCCCUUGUUCAUCAAAUCUGUUGUCGCCAUCUGCAACCGCGACUCCCAAUUCAUCGCUCCCGCCGUCUCCAUCAAUCAGCCUCCACGACCGUCUCCGCCAUCGACGCCACUCGAUCUCCUCGUCUAGUCGGCGAGGACGCAGUGCACUGAACGAAUCUGAGCACCCAAAUUUGACCCAGAUCUGACGUCACCUUUCCUCUUCGCUUCGCCCUCUCCUGCUCCGGCCAACAAUCAUAGUCUCCAGCUCCUGGCCGCCCGCCGUCACCCCAUUGUCGUUGGAAUUGGAAAACGAAUCAAAGUGAGGCAACCGGAAAAGAAAAGAAUUAGAUUGGGCGAUUAGGCGAUUAAGGCCCAAUUUCACAAUAAAAAGGGAUAAAGGAUAAAGAGGUCAUUUUAAACCUUUAGAUUAGGGCAAUUAGGGCGAGAUUUAGCAACCCCAAUGAAAAACACUGUUUUAUAUUUCUAUCGCCACAAUUACUUGUUUUUCUUUUUCUUUUUGGUAGGCAAGUUGGCGAGCAACCAACCUGUCUAUCGAAGCGAGACGGUUAAUAUUUUAGUUUGGUUUAAUUUUUAUAUUAAAACGCUAUUUGUGGGUGAACUUUUUGAAAUUUGUAAAUUGUUUGUGUUUUGAAAAUAAUUUAUCUGUUCCAUCUAGCUCUGUCAAAUUUUCUGUCAAAUUUAAUGGAUAAUUCUUUUUGAAAAUUAAUUGCUGAUGUGGAUCUAGGGGUGGAAAUCAGUACGGUAUCAGUAUCCCAAUACCAAAUAUCGAAAUACCGAAUACCGAAUUAUACCCUAAAAUCAAUCACAAUCCCUAAAUAAUUUCGGUAUCUCAAUCCCAAUCCCUAAAUAUUUCGGUAUCCCAAUCGAUACUUCGGUAUCCCAAUCGGUAUUAUCGAAUACGAAAUUAAAUACCUUUGCAAUUAAUAAUUAAAUAUAUAAAUUAGAUUUUAUUGUUUAAUUUAGGGAGAAAAUACUAAGCAAAGAGUCUUGAAUUAUGAUAUUAUUAAGGAGAACGGAGGAGAGGAGACAUCUCAAGUUCUUAUCAUUGGUAAUAUUUAAUUUGACGAAUGGAAGGUCGAGAGACGACUAUGAAUAGUGAUGAAAUGAUCUAUGUAUAAUUAAAUGACACGCUUGGUGGUUGAGGGUCGUGUAAUAGUCAAACAGAGAGCCUAGUUGAUAGGAUAAAAUUCACGCUAGCUUAUAUAUCGGUAUUGAUCGGUAUUUCGGUAUAUACCGAUCCCAAUUCCGUAAUCCCUAAUACCGAAUAGCAAUUGAAAUUCAAUCUCAAUCCCAAUCCCAAGAAAUAAUACUGUGUAUUUGGUAAUACCAAAUAUAAACAAAUUCGAUACGGUAUUCGGUAUAAUCGCACAUACUGGGGCCUAGCCACGUCCCAGAAUUCAAAACGAGACGAAAUUACGAAAGCGGAACGGAACAGAUAAAAUCGAAAUUGUGGAUCAAUUAAAUCCCACGGGCCAUGGGCUUGGACCGGCACAGCGCAGAUAAAGGCUGAAGCCUUUUACCCUAAUAAGGGAAUUUUCGUAACUCAGAGUUGCGGAAACCCUAGCGGCUAGCUUGCCUCUUCCUUCUCUCCAUCACCCUCCCUACUUAAUUAACCCUCUGCUCUGCUUCUUCUCUCUCGUAGCCAUCCUCCGCCUCCUUCGUCUUCUCCGCUCCAAUUUUUUUUUUAUAAAUGUAGUUUUUCUAUGGCGCAGUUUGCCUACCUCUUUCUUUCUAGGAAAAGAUUUCGUUUUUUAUUUAUCGUAUCUUAUCAUCUGCCGCAAAGAUUGUGUGUAUCGGCGCUGUGCCCUGAGUGCACUCUGAAACCGAAAGAUUUCUUUGCAAAACCCAAAGCUCAGGGGAAGAUGGGCAGUUGAGUUUCACCGCUUUAUCGCCAUUGAAAUCAUCAACAAUCAUCUUCCCCACACUCGUUUCUCUAGAUCGUUUCCUUACAUAAGCCUUCUUUUCUUUUUCGCUUCAAAAAAGGUUUUUUGAAAUUACCUUAUAUGGUGAUUGGGUUUUAGAACACACGUCGUUGUGCUGUAUUUAUGUGUCUCCUUUUGGAAAAAUAUGCACGAGCUCAUGCCAUUGGAACGGGAAGCAGUGAUUUCGGGAGAACGGCUAUGAUGCUAAUUGUACAAUAGUUAGCAUCGUUCUAACCAAGGGAAAAACUACUACUAGUUUGAGUUAGUAGUGAUUUAGCUUAGAUGUUGUAUUGAUUUUAUAAUAAUCUGUAGUGAUUUCGUUAUUUUUAGUAGCGUUUUUGCUAGUUAUAAGGGUUAGCACCUAAUCCCAUCCUAUUUCGGGGUAUAGCAGUUUUGUCAACCCCGACUUCACUCUUGUCUCUCCAUCAGCAUCACCGCUCGCUUACCACUUACUUGUCAGCAAGGUUUGCCGGAUUGCUUUACAGCAUCUAACAGCGAAGACCGGCAGCUCUAGAUUUCUUCCACAUGGGAUGUAUAUGGUGCAGUUUAUCUGUAUAACAUGUCUGAUUAUGAUCUUGUUCACCUGUAAAUAGAACUAAAGAUGGCUAUGGAGAUUGGAUAUCCUUGUUGUUUAGUAUGCCACAAGCGUUGUACACAUGGUUGUCACGCCGGCCGGCGUACCACCGGUUGUACCUGGUUCAGUCGGCGUACCAUUGGUUGUACCUGGUUCAACCGGUAUCGGUAAUUAAAUCGCCAUGACACCACCGGUAUGACAGACAUGAUCGAUAUACGAAUCUCUAAGUAAAAUGAUCUUAUUUUAGUGAAUUUAAUUGAUAAAAUUUAUUUUAUAAUUUAUUUUAUGAGUAUAAAAAUUAAAUAUUGAUGUUAUUUGUUGGAUUCAGGUAUAAAUGUUUAAGUAUUGA